CCGUUGAUUAGUAGCAGAAUCUUCUUAGUCAUCCAAUGAAAAAUCCGAGCUCCAUCAUGUUAGCAAGGAGGUUAUUUCUGGCUGAUAGAUUUUAUUGAUCUAUAUUGAAUUGCUUCAUUAAAGAUGCCGAUACUCAGUGGCUUGUAGGGAGAUUCGCCCUAGGAUCUCGACGUCAUACCGCAGGAUUAUGCGCCUAGCCUUCAUAUGAGAAACGUCAGAGAGAUUGCUUGAAGGGGUGCAUGAAGGUGUAAGGUGAUUCUGCCUCCGGCGAAGCACGCAAUCUAGAGCAAUCAUUAAAUAGGGUGAAAUGGGAUACGCCGUGAAAAGCAUAAAUAGAACGGUAGGUUCCCAGAAAUGUCGACUUUUGUUCAUCACUAGCGAUAGGAACAGUCUCCAGCACAACCCAGCUCUCUCAUCUUUCUUGAAUCUCAAAGUUCAGUUUGACUUCGACUUAUCUUCAAAAUGAAGACCUCAAUCCUUGCCCUCUUUGCCUUCGGUGGCUUCCUUGCUACCACCAUUGCUAGCCCCGUCACCGUCAAGACCAGCGUUGAGAAGCGCCAGGACAUCGACGCCAUUGAGACGAGCUUGGAGGCUCUGUUCACACAAAUCCAGGAGCAGACCGGCAAGAUCAACUCGACUUUGACUCCGGUUGCGGAUGGCGCUCCCGAGGCUGAUGCCCAGGUCGCUGCCGACUCUAUCGCUCCUCAACUCGACGCAAUCUCGGAUCUCUUGGAAAAGUCCGUAAGCAUCGCCAAGCGUGCCAUUCUAGAGGGUCGAUUCGUCAAGGAAGACAUCUUCAAGACUGUUUCCAUCAUCCUUUUCGAGUUGUUGGGCACUGUCAAGUUCAUCCUUAUCAAGCUCGGCCUCGGGCCCGUCUUGAUCCACCUAGUUCCUCUCAUCCUUGGUCUCGUCAAGCUUGUUAAGGCUCUUGACAAGGUUGUUGAUGGUCUACUCAUCGCUGUUAAGUUCAUCGUCGACGACCUUCUCAAGGCUGUCGGUCUUGGCCUUUUGGGUCUCCUCCCCUAAAUUUUGAGUUCACAAUCAUUUACCCAUUUAAGAGGUGUGGUAGAUGGGGUAUGAGAUGAGUGUCGCUGGCGUCGAUAUAUAUGCUUGGCGUCUUAGAUGGUUGCUGUCUUCUUUUCCAUCAACUCCCUCAGAUUAUCUUCAGUUAGCGCAGACAAGAUUUUACCGGUAGUUAGAAAGCUGGACAUAUGCGCUUUAGAUUAAUGAGAAACGAAAUAUAAGAAUUUCGCUGACAUAAAAAUGAGGUUAAUGAUUGAAAGUGAAGAUGGAAGGGUUGAGAUAGUGGGGGUGCACCCUUACGGACAUAGCAGGGGUCUU